AUAUAGUUUUAAAUUUAUCAAAUAUAUAAAUUGGAUCGUAGAAAAGAAAAUUUCAGAAAUCUGUAAACAGAAAAAAACAGGGAGAAAUGGCGAGUGGUGGAAAAGUGUCUUUUAAAGUCACUCUUACAUCCGAUCCAAAGCUCCCUUUCAAAGUGUUUAGCGUUCCUGAAGCAGCCCCGUUUACGGCUGUUUUGAAAUUCGCAGCCGAGGAAUUCAAAGUCCCUCCCCAAACCAGCGCUAUCAUCACCAACGAUGGUGUGGGAAUCAAUCCUCAGCAAAGUGCAGGAAAUGUGUUUCUGAAACAUGGUUCGGAGCUUCGCCUGAUUCCCCGUGACAGGGUGGGAGCCUUUUGAAUGCUUAAAAACUUAACGCUAGUUUAUCACCUUCAAUUAUGGAUAUAUUUUAUUGACAUGAUUGAACUUUUACUGUGUAAACCAUAGCUGAUUAACAUAUAUUUGGAAUAAAAAUGAUAUAAUGGGUAUUUAGUUUAUAGAUGGUUAAUGAAAUUUAGGGAUGGAGUUGUUAGUUGUGCUACUCAACUAAAUAGGAGAUGAGUUCCAAGGUUGAGAUUUUGAUCAGAAAUUCCAGCCUUGAUCUCGAUUGCCUACCAUCUUUGAAGAUCUUAAACUCCUUGGAUUAUGUUUAUUAAUCUAAUAAAAUUUCAGACUUAUUUGAGUUCAA